UGUAAACAAACUACAAACACGUGCGGCUGGUUUCUUUGCUUUAAUUCAUAAAUUAUUUUUAAAGAAAAUAUUAAUUUACAAAUUUCUAACUAGAAAAAAAUGACAAAAUUUAUAACAUAUUAUAAUUUAUGUCCCAUACCAGAACCCAAAGACUUUCUGGGCAUAUCACCGGACAAAGAAGAAGGCAAUAGUAUAACAACAUUGGGCAAAAACAUUAUCAUAAUAUUCAAGAUUUCCACCCAAAAACAACUAAAAAGCUGGUCUGUAUUGGAAAAGCUAUCCUCCAAAGUGGUGUAUGAUAGGAAAACUGAAAAAUAUGUGGGUGUAUUUGCCAACAAGUUUCUUAGAUUAUGGGAUGAUACCACCAAGAUGUUAAAUAAGUGCAAAAAGUUAAAGUUCCAAAAAAGUAUAGCCGAUUUGGUGGCAGAUGAUUGUGAUACUUAUGUUUUGUAUUCAGAUGGCUCUUGUGAAUCCUUACAAUCGGCCAUUGAAUCGCGUAAAGCUGAUAUUGGGGCUCCUCAACCAACCGAAUUGUUUUCUAGUUUAAUAUUCUCCGAUCUUAAUAUACAAAAAUUAUCGACUGGUCAACGUAUUUUAACUUAUUUUGAACGUAAUACUAAAACUGGUGAUUAUCACUUGGUGCGUGUACCUUUGGAUCAGGGAGAAGGUGUAGAGAUUCAGACGAAACGUUUCAAUUUGAAAAGAGGUGUUUUAGAUGUUCAUGUAGCUGGUGCGGCUGUUAUAGAGGGUGAUGGUACACCGGUUUUGUUAACCAUAUGGUCCGAUAAACGUAUAUUCCUUCUGAGUCUUGCCGAUGACAUAGAACCCAGUCGUUCUCCUGGUAAUUUUGUCUCAAUGCUGACACAACUUAAAGUUGAUACUCCACUCUCCGUAUUGGGUAUAUCCAAACAUUUUGUAGCCAUUUAUGGAGCCAAUCAUGGCCAAGAGGGAGCCUCUCUUUUACUCUACAAUACCCAAUACAAAGUUAUCAAAACUAAACAAUUCUUUAAAGUUUACUUUAACUUUUCACAACUUUGGUCUAUCGAUGAACAUAUACUCUUGGCUAUGGGACAAAAUCUUUCGGUGGUUAAAUAUCGAGUACUAAAAGAGGUUUUAUCUGAAUUGGUGGGCACACAAGUGGGACACGAUUAUCAGCCAGCUUUGGAAGAUAUACACAUCAAUGAAGAAGCCUUUUUAGAAGAUUGUCUACAGUACAGUAAUGAUUAUGAGCCAUUUAAUGUAAAGAACAGCAAAACAAAUGAUAAAGAUAUAAAGGAAGCUGAUGGUAAAUUUGUGGCUUUUCUAAAUAGCAAGGGAUUUGAUAAGAAUUUAAAUUCCUUAAAACAAUUAAAUUUACAUGUUGAAGUAAAUCAGGUGGAACAGCCUUUAGAUGAUGUACAAAUUUCCCUAAUGGCUAACUACAAUGACAAUGGUUUUAUUAGUCCAGAAAUACAACUUAUAGCCAAGCAACUGGAAAAGGCAGGAGCCAGUGAACAUGAAAUAACAGAAAAACUAUUGACCGUGUUAAUAAAAGCCAAUUUAUUGCAAGAUAUAGGAGUAUGUCUGAAACGUUAUCAAAAUAUAUCGGAGAAAAUACUUCGAAAACUUAAAUUACUUAUUAACAAAUAUAACAACAAUUGCAGCACUAAAUCACGAAGAAGAACCCCUAAAAACCUAACAAAUGGCAAAACAAAUAAACACAUGAAAAGCUUUAGACAUCUUAAUAUACUUUUGCAAUGUUCCUUUGAUGCUGAAGCCAUAGCGGUACACAUUAGAAAUGAUAUAGAAUAUAAUAAAAUCCUAUUGAUAUUACAACAUUUAUAUAAUAUGCUAACACCCCAACUAUCACUGAUCGAAGAACGUCCCUCUCUCUAUAACUGCAGCAGUGAUUAUGAAUUGCAAUUAAUGCGUUGGUUUGGUGUUUUUCUUAAUUCACAUUUUCAAAAAUUAGCCUUAUCCAAAGAUAUUGAAUUAAUGGAAAUUCUAUACAAAUGGCAUGAAUUGAUUCAGAAUUAUAAACGUGAAAUUGUCGAAUUGGAAACAGUGGCCGCCUUAUUGUAUAAUAUUGUUGAACGUAGAAAAAUUAAGGAGAAAAAUUCUUCGAAAUGGUAUUCAAUCGAAGAGGUUCAAUUAUUUUAA